AAGCUCAAAAGGCUAGAAUUCUGAGCCGAAAUGCCAGUUUGUGAAAAAAAUGCGCGAGAUUUUAAAUGAAUAAUUCAUUUGUAUUUGUUAAAUUUAUUCAAUAUUAUAAAUAUUAUAAGUGUUAAAAUAAAAUACAUAAUAGUAACAAGAAGUGUUGGUUUCUAAAUCAAUAAAUUUGUAGUGUGUAUUUCCGUGAUGACAACUAAUGUAAGUAAUUCCCAAAAAAAGGGCACGACUGCCACUAAUGUGCCUCCGACGGGAGUAAGAAAGAAAUCGGGUCCCAAGUUUGAGUUAUCAGAGGAGCAGAGACGAGAUAUAAAAGAAGCGUUUGAUUUGUUUGAUACCGAAAAUACGGGAAAAAUUGAUUCUAAGGAAUUAAAGGUAGCCAUCAGAGCGCUUGGGUUCGAGCCUAAGAAAGAGGAAAUAAAAAAAAUGAUAGCAGAAAUCGAUAAAGGGGACGGUAAAGUUUCGUUUGAAGACUUCCUAGACCUUAUGACUGUAAAGAUGGCAGAAAAAGAUACGAAAGAAGAAAUAAUGAAGGCUUUUAAGUUAUUUGAUGAUGAUGAGACAGGUAAAAUCUCAUUCAAGAAUCUUAAGCGAGUAGCACGUGAAUUAGGUGAAAACUUAACAGACGAAGAAUUGCACGAAAUGAUUGAUGAAGCUGACCGGGACGGUGAUGGUGAAAUCAACCAAGAGGAGUUUUUGCGCAUAAUGAAAAAAACAAGCCUUUAUUAGUUUUAUUAUUUUUAUUUGUUCUUGUAGCACAAAAUAUAGAAUUUCAAGAACCUAUCGUAACGUAGCCUUUGAUUAUGAAUCAAAUGCUAAGUAUUGAUAAAAAUAUCUAUUUAUAUUACUUUUGGGAUAAAGUAGUGUUCAAUAGGGCCUAAUACAUUUCAAAAUAUAGUUUACAAUAACAUUAUUAGAGUCAAAUUAUAGUGAUGAUACUUUGUUUGCAGAAUUAGGUCAUGCCCACAGCUUUAGUUCCGUGUUGAUAAUUUACUUCAACCACUCUGGUAUAGUACUUUAUGAAAGUACCUUACAUUAUUUAUGUUACCUAAGCAUAGCAUGCGACCAACGACAUAUAACAUGACAAAAUGUCGACUAAUGGUGGAGAACUAGUUUCCAUCCCCUCUUUAUGAAAGACAGCGAUAAUUCUGAUUUCACUACUAUUGGUUUACUUUUGUCUAUUUCUCGCCACGACAUACGUCAUUCAGAUGCAUGUUAGGCUUAUUGAACUUACCCUAAUUAAUAGUAUGGAAAAUUUCAGGGCAAAACAAAUAGAACCUUGCUUUCAUAUUUGUAUCAUAAGUUAAGAACUAAACCAAAUGUUUUUCAAUAAGUAUAAAUUACGAAGAAAAUGCACCAUAGUGAUAAAGAUAUAAUAAUUGUGAAACAAUAAAACAAUACCAGUUAUAGUAUAAAAGUAUAUUUUGAUGAUACUUACAUUCCACAUAGUUAUUUAACUCUUUAGCACAAAUUUAAAUAUUAUGGAGACAGGAACACAUAUUAGUAGAUCUUAACAUUGCAAUGGAUUCUUUUUUAGAUUUACAGCAUAUUAGGUUAUUGUUAGUAAUGAUAUUCACCUCGUGUAAUAUGAGCAAAUGUAGUAUGGGACUCCAGUUUUAAGAAUACAAACAAAAAUUAUCUGUUAUAU